AGUAAUUAUUCUGGCUUCAUUUGCCACACACCUUCCUCAUUUACGUUGCUCGUGGAAUUACUCGAUUUUUUCACAAAAUCAUUGACAGAUGAAGAUCUUCCGGAAACAUCUAUUAUUUUGUACUUUAUUUACAUUAUUCAGCAGAAAUGUAGCAGAUUUAUCUCCUUUUCUCAAUGCUAUACUUAUCCCAAAUGAAAAUUACAAACAAGAUGUCGGUUCUGCCGACUAUAGAUUACCAACAGCUAUCAAACCCAUUUCAUAUGAUAUUAAGCUGAUCCCGAAAUUAAAAGAUGAUUUUAAAUUUAAGGGCUAUGUAACAAUAAAAGCCUUAGUAAGACGCACAACUAACCACAUUACACUACAUGUCGGAAAUAUUGAAAUUGAAUCAGUAUCUGUUAACUCGUAUAAUAAUAGAAGAUUUUCUUAUACAUAUGAUAAUGCUACUGCAAAAUAUACUAUCACCAACCCAAAGCCUUUUAGAAAAGGUAGAGUUAUAAAAAUUAAUUUUAAAUACAAUGGAAUCUUAACCGACAAUUCGCUUGGAUUCUAUAAGAGUUCUUACUUCGAAAAUGGACAGAUUAAGUGGUUAGCUGCGACACAGUUUCAAACGAUAUAUGCCAGAGAAGCCUUCCCAUGUUUUGACGAGCCGGGUUUCAAAGCUAAAUUCAAAUUUCAUAUAGCAAGAGAUGAAAAUUACCACUGUUUAAGUAACAUGCCACUAGUCAAAUCUGAACGAGCACCGGAAGGCAAGGUCUGGGACGUUUUUGAGGAAACCAUUCCAAUGUCUACUUAUACAGUGGCUUUCGUCAUUUCGGAAUUUGAGUCUCUCAAAGUAGAUAAUUUUGCAGUAUGGUCCAAACCAUCCACUAUCGAUCAGGCCAAGUACGGUUUGAAAAUUGGCAUUGCUGCCGUCGAACUGCUCGGUGACAUGUUCCAGCAAAAAUAUGUCCUCCCUAAAAUGGAUAUGAUUGCUAUACCUGACUUUGCAGCAGGAGCUAUGGAAAAUUGGGGCUUGGUGACAUAUCGGGAGACCGCAAUGUUGUACGAUGAAAAGGAAUUGUCCGCGUCAGCACAACAGAGAGUGGCUUCUGUGAUUGUUCAUGAACUUACGCAUAUGUGGUUCGGGAAUUUAAUAACACCAGAAUGGUGGAGCUAUCUUUGGCUCAGCGAAGCGUUUGCUAGAUAUUUUCAAUAUUUUGCUACCGCGGAGAUCGAAAAAUCAUGGAACAUGAAGGAACAAUUUGUAGUGGAACAAUUUCAAUCAGCAUUAAUAACAGAUGGUCUUGAAUCUUCCCCUUCAAUGACUCGCAAGAUUUCUACUGAUUCACAAGUCCAAGGAGCAGGAGACCAAAUUACAUAUGCGAAGGGAUCCAGUAUUGUUCGUAUGAUGAGCCACAUAUUUAGUAACGAUGUCUUCAAAAACGCGUUACAGGACUACAUACGGAUCAACAAAGAGGAAGGCUUGGGUCAUCCAGAUACUCUAUGGAAUGCAAUAAAAAGUCAAUUAGAAACUCAACGUUCAUCAAACAUUCCUGUAAAAGCAAUAAUGGACACCUGGACUACACAAUCUGGAUACCCUGUUGUAACAGUUAACAUUAAUGACGACGGUGUAGUAAAUCUUAGUCAAGAACGCUUUUUCUUAAGGAACUUAAAUAACACUUCGACGAAUGUCACUUGGUACGUUCCACUCACAUUUGCCACACAGAGUAAUCCAGAUUUUAGUAACACAGUUCCGAAAUAUUGGAUGAAUACCAAAAAGACCACCGCAGAAUUCAAAGUUAAUCCGGAAGAAUGGGCCAUAUUCAAUCUUCAAUCGUCAGGCUUUUAUCGUGUAAAUUACGAUGACCGUGGAUGGCAACGUAUUUUCGAUUUCUUAAAAAGUGACAAAUUCGAUGAAAUUCAUGUACUAAACAGAGCCGCCAUUGUAGACGAUCUAUUAAAUCUGGGUAGAGCAGGAUAUCAAAAUAACGAUGCAGUUCUGGAUAGACUGCUUUAUCUUAAGAGAGAAACGAAUUAUUUGCCUUUUAAAUCAGCACUUAACGGAUUAAAAUACUUUAAUAAGCAAUUUGCAGGAUCCGCAGAAUAUGACUUAUUCAAGACUUACGUUCUGUCUCUUAUCGCUAAUAUACGUACCAAGCUAGGAUAUGAAGAUCGCGAAAAUGAUGACAGAUUAACGGUUUUAUUACGGCAAGAAGUGAAUAAUUGGGCAUGUAAUUUCGGCGACGAAGAAUGUAUAACAACUUAUAAGAACAAAUUUAAACAAUGGAGAGCAAACGCGUCUAACCGCAUCAAGCCAAACGAAAGAACUACAGCUUAUUGCAUUGCUAUGAAAUAUGGAACUUAUGAGGAUUGGGAAUUUUUAUGGAAAGAAUACGUUAAUUCUAAUCAUGCAGCGGAUCAAGUAAUGAUCAUAAGUGUUUUGGGAUGCAAUCAGAAUACCACCAUCUUAGAAAAAUAUCUGAGAAAUGCUAUUACUAGUUACGAAAUCAGCCGAAUUCGUCAAAUGGAUAGCAUGAGCGUUUUCGCGGCUGUUUACAACUCUGGCUUACUUGGGGCCGAAUAUGUUCUUGAUUUUGUUGAUAAAUAUUCCAAAGAGAUCGAGAAAUACUUUGGAGAACAGAAUCCAAUAGCCACAAUUCUCAAUGGAGCGUCGCAACAUUAUUCUACAUCUCAGUUAGUGGACAAAUAUGAAGAAUUUAUAAACAGGCAUAAACUAGACUUAACAUCUAUCCAAAAAUCCUUAGAAUCUUCUUUAAAGGUUGCUAAGUACGAAUUGGAACGGUGUAAAUCCAAUUCCGCAUCUAUGAUUCCAUGGUUACAGAAUUACGACAAGUCCUCUUAUUAGUAAGCAUAUAUUCUAUAAGAUGUAGCAUCUUCUUACAUCGUAUAUUUUGUGCAAAUUAUAAAAGCUGAAACUGGAUGUUAAGUCCAAUUACUGAAUUUAUUAUAUAUAUUUGUUUUAAUAAAAAAUGUUUUAAUAUU